AUGUAUGCACAGUAUUUGAAACGUCUAUCACGGGGUUCAGAGAAGGACAAACCCAUUGGUAAAAAUGGAGAAAGAAGAACUAGGUCUAAUCAAUUUGUCUUGGAUCCAGUUUCAAGCCAACUUAACAGCAGAGUAGAAGAUGUUGUCAUCAGUGGUGUGUCAUGUAGACUUCCAGAGUCUGACAAUAUUGAAGAAUUCAAACAGCAUUUGAUAAAUAAAGAUGACAUGGUGACAGAUGAUGAAAGAAGAUGGCCAAAAGGACUUCAUGGCCUGCCUGCAAGAAUGGGAAAACUUAAGAAUAUUACCAAGUUUGAUGCAGAAUUCUUUAGUAUUCACCAAAAGCAGGCCAAUAGUAUGGACCCUCAAUUAAGAUUACUAUUUGAAGUAACCUAUGAAUCUAUCAUUGAUGCUGGAGUUAGUCCAGACUGUUUGAGAGGAUCAAGAACUGGAGUUUUUAUUGGUAGCAGUCUAUCAGAGUCACAUGAUACUUGGUCGUCUGAUCCAGAUACAACUCUUGGUUACCAUAUGAUAGGAUGCCAUCGAACAAUGUUUGCAAAUAGACUGUCCUUUUUCUUUGAUUUCAAAGGUCCAAGCCUCAGUGUAGACACUGCCUGCUCUUCCAGUUUGACGGCCAUGGAUCAAGCUUUUCACAGCAUUAGACAAGGGCACUGUGAUGCAGCCAUUGUAGCUGGUUGCAAUUUGUGUGUACGACCGACAUCAUCACUACAGUUCCAUAAACUCGGAAUGCUUUCAAAAGACGGCACUUGCAAAUCUUUCGAUGCAUCAGGUGAUGGGUACUGCAGAAGUGAAGGUGUUGUUGCUGUCUUCAUACAAAAACAAAAUGUAUCGAGGAGAAUAUAUUGUACCAUAUUACAUGCUAGAUCAAACAAUGAUGGAAGGAAGGAAAAAGGAAUAACAUUUCCGUCUGGAUCUGCACAAAAACAGUUAUUACAAAGUCUUUAUCGUGAUAUUGGUGUUGAUCCUGGCUCAGUUGAGUAUGUAGAGGCUCAUGGAACGGGUACUCAAGCUGGUGACCCACAGGAACUUAAUACUGUCUGCGAUAUCUUUUGUAAGGAUCGUACGAAACCUCUUUUGAUUGGCUCGGUUAAGUCGAAUAUUGGUCACACAGAACCCGCAUCAGGUUUAGCAGCAGUCGCGAAAAUGAUAAUUUGCAUGGAAAGUAGUCAGAUAGCAGCAAAUCUUCACUAUAAAAACCCAAAUCCUGAUAUCCCGGGACUUUCAAAUGGGAAACUGAAAGUAGUUACAGAACACACAUCUUUCAAUGGUGGAUUGAUUGCAGUGAACUCUUUUGGAUUUGGAGGUUCAAAUUCUCAUAUCGUUUUGCGACCUCAUCAAGGCAGUAAGAUGACAUCACGUGACCUGUCAAAACGAUUAUUCAUCUAUACUUCAAGAACAAAGACGGGUUUAGAAAAAGUUCUGACUGCAGCUGAGGAUCACAGUACAAAUAUUCAUUUUCAUUCUUUUCUGAAUGAAACUCGAAAUUGCAGUCAUAUCUAUAGAGGAUUUACUGUUCUAAAUACAGAUCCUCAGAUACAAGAAGCUGUUACACAUCAGGAAAUUCGUCCAGUCUGGUUUGUAUUUUCUGGAAUGGGGACACAAUGGUGUGGUAUGGGAAAACAGAUGAUGGACAUUCCACUAUUUAAAGAGUCCAUAUUGAGAUCAGAAACAGUGCUAGAUCCAUAUGGUGUUAAACUUUGUUUAAUCUUGACGAGUGGAUUGGAGAACUAUUUCAACGAUGCAUUAAAUUGUUUUGUUUGUAUCGCUGCAAUACAGAUAGCAUUGGUAGAUCUUUUAUCUGCCGUUGGCAUCAUGCCAGAUGGAAUUUUGGGUCAUUCAGUUGGAGAACUGGCUUGUGGUUAUGCUGAUGGUUCCUUAACAGCAAAUGAGACUAUUCUAGCAGCUUUCUGGAGAGGAAAAUGUAUCCAAGAAGCAAAUUUGCCAUUAGGAGGCAUGGCUGCUGUAGGUUUGACAUGGGAAAAGACUACAGAAAUGUGUCCGCCAGAUGUAGUUCCUGCUUGUCAUAACUCAGAAGAUACAGUAACGAUAUCUGGUCCUGCAGCAUCGGUUUCACAAUUUGUUACGGAUCUACAAAAGAAACAAAUAUUUGCAAAGAACGUGAAUAGUGCUGGUAUUGCUUUCCAUUCGUAUCAAAUGGCAAAAAUUGCACCAGCACUAAAAUCCGCGUUGGCAAAUGUUAUCGUACCAAAAUCAAGAAGUAAGAAAUGGAUUAGUUCGUCCAUUCCAGAAGAAAAUUGGCAUUCGGAUAUGGCUAAAUAUUCGUCCGCUGACUACCAUGUUAACAACUUAGUGAGCCCUGUCCUUUUUCACGAAGCACUGAAACAUGUUCCUUACAAUGCUGUUGUCAUAGAAAUUGCACCUCAUUGUUUACUACAAGCCAUACUUAAAAGAUCUCUUGGACCUAAAUGCACUUCAUUGGGGCUGAUGAAGAGAGACCACGAAGACAAUAUAACAUAUUUCCUUACAAGUUUAGGAAGGUGCUUCCUACAUGGAAUAAACUUGGAUCCUCUAAAGCUCUGUCAACCAGUUAAGUUUCCCGUGCCAAAAGAAACUCCAAUGAUUUCUUCUUUGGUAGAAUGGGAUCAUUCAGUUUCAUGGGAUGUACCAAAGGCAGAACACUUUUCUGCACAGGCAUUAGAGUCAAAUGGUGGUUCCACUCAUGAAAUUGAAAUGUCAAAUAAUUCAAAAUACAGUUACCUUACUGGUCAUACCAUCGAUGGCCGUCUCUUGUUUCCUGCUACAGGUUUCCUAGUAUUAACAUGGAAGUCAUUUGCAAAGAUGAAGAGAAAGGUUUAUUAUGAAAUCCCCGUAAAGUUUGAAAAUGUGGCAAUCCAUGCGACAACUAUAAUGCCAAAUGAAGGUAAAGUCAAGUUCAAGGUAAAUAUAAUGGAAUCAACAGGGACAUUUGAGAUCUCAGAAAAUGACACGCUAAAAUGCAGUGGUUCUAUAUCUGUUUUAUCAUCUCCUGUCAAAAAGGUCAAUAUGAACCAAAAAGAGGAGUGUCAACUAACCUCUGCAGAUGUGUAUAAAGAAUUGCGACUUAGAGGGUAUGAGUACGACGGAGAGUUUCGGGGCAUUCUUAACGCUAAUAUAGAAGGUAGUAGAGGUGAAUUAGCAUGGAUUGACAACUGGGUAUCUUUCUUGGAUACUAUGUUACAAAUGUGGAUAUUAUGUACUGGAGAACAGUGCUUGCGAUUACCCACACGGAUUGCGGCUGUCUCGAUUGACCCAAAAACUCACACGGAUCACCUUCUUUUCACUAAAGAAAAACCAAAAUCAUCAUUUGUCAAAGUGGAAAAAGAUCGCAACAUAGUGAUCUCUUCUGGCGUCGAAAUCCUAGGAAUCCAUUCAAAUGUGGCACCAAGACGUCAACAUGCGAAUCCUGUCCUGCAAAAGUAUUGUUUUAUACCUCACACUACAGAUGAAAUUGUAGGAAAAGAACUAGUAAACUGUGUUCAAAAUUGUUAUGCAUAUGCCGUCCACAGUCUGGAUAUUUUAUGCAAGAACGGAAUUCAAAAGUCCUAUAAGAAUCGAAUUGAAACAUUCCUAAACCAGAUAACGAGUAAAAUACCUUCUUUAAAAGAUACAAGAAGAUCUAAAGCAAAAUGCGACGAGUUUGAAUUUAAAUUAACGAGCAUAUUCGAAAAUAUAGAAGAAAACAAAACGGAAAAUGGAAAUUUAAAGAUUGUGGAAGAUGUUACUUUGAUGUCUCGUCCAGAAAUUAUGGUACCGUGCUUGGAUAUUGCUAUUGAAAAUACUGCAUCUUACAGAUUCAAUAUAUUAGAAGUAAUGACCACUGGCAAAUCGGUAGAUAUGUAUAUUCUCCCACUGGUAAAUGAAAGACCUUUUACAGAAAUCACUUACACUGUAGCUGGAAGUCAGAAAAUCUUCUCAGAGGAAUCAAGUAAUAAGAAUUAUGUUAAAUGGGAUGCAACUUCAGAUUAUCCCUCAAAUUCCAAGCAAAUUGACAUUGUAGUUGCCAGGAACUUUCUCUGUACACAAAACAACAUCAAAACAGCAUUCUCAUAUUUAUCAACUGCCGUUCAAGAAAAUGGCUUCAUACUUAUCGAGGAAAUAACAAAUAAUUUUCCAGUAGCAUUUUUGUUAGAAAGAUUGUGGACAGUCCCUCUUGAAAUGGAAGAUGAACGUACUUGUUAUUGUUACUGUGAUGAACAACGAUGGGAUGGAAUCUUUAAAGAAGUUGGCUAUGAACUGAUCUUCAAACGUUCAGGUCAUUUCUCUACGUUGUUUCUCCUUCGUCGUAAAUGGAAAAUAGUUGACGAGGGAAUUGUAAGUGUACCAGUUGAUGAUUUGAAUGGAUCCUGGUUUGAAGCUUUGAAAAACAAGUUCAUUGCACCACAACAGAAAACUCUUUGGAUAACUGUGAAUUCUCAGCCACUUAGUGGUGUUAUUGGUAUAGUUAAUUGUCUAAGACGGGAACCCGGCGGAAACAAACUGAGAUGUAUUUUCAACCAAGGAAAUACAGCUUUGGAUCUUUCAUCAGAAAAUGAGGAAAUUCGGCAGCUGUUUCGAAAGGACCUAGCAUUUAAUGUUUUCAAAAAUGGACAAUGGGGGUCAUACAAACAUUUACCUUUGACAAAAGAAUUGCUCAGCAGCCAAAAAUUGUGUCAGCAUGCUCAUGUCAAUAUUCAAACGAAGGGAGAUCUGUCAAGUUUGACGUGGAUAGAAUCUCCUUUAACAAAAUACUUUGGAAACAAGAGUAACAGACUGUGCAGCGUCCACUAUGCAUCCCUUAAUUUCCGAGACGUUAUGUUAGCAACGGGGAGAUUGCAACCUGACGCUAUUCCGGGAAAGUUAGCAGAGCAAGAUUGCAUUUUGGGAAUGGAAGUUUCUGGAUUGGAUGAGCAAGGGAAUAGAGUUAUGGGACUUGUUUCAUCAAAGGGUCUAGCAACAACUCUUCAUGUCAAUGAUAAGUUUUUGUGGUCAGUUCCAGACAACUGGACAUUAGGUGAGGCAGCCACUGUUCCUGUGGUAUAUGCAACAGCAUAUUACGCUUUAGUUGUAAGAGGAAGGAUUAAACAUGGAGAUCGAGUUCUUAUUCAUUCUGGAUCAGGAGGAGUUGGUCAAGCUGCUAUUUCUAUUGCCUUACAUUAUAGUUGUGAGGUUUAUACUACAGUUGGAUCAGAAAAUAAGAAGAUGUACUUACAAAAGAGAUUUCCGCAGUUGAAAGACAAUCAUUUUAGUAAUUCUAGAUCAACAGAAUUUGAAUCUCAUGUAAUGAAAAUGACUGAGGGAAAAGGUGUUAAUUUGGUGCUGAAUUCGUUAUCAGAAGAAAAACUGCAGGCUAGCAUUCGAGUAAUAGCUGACCAUGGAAGAUUCCUUGAAAUCGGAAAGUUUGAUCUAUCCAAAAAUACACCUUUAGGGAUGUCUAUAUUCCUGAAGAAUGUAACUUUUCAUGGAAUCUUAUUGGAUGCCCUGUUUGAAGAGGAUAAUCAGGAUUGGAAGGAAGUUUCAACAUUACUAACACAAGGCGUACAGUCUGGAACAGUGAGACCACUAAAAUAUACAGAAUUUAACAACAACAAAGUAGAAGAAGCUUUCAGAUUUAUGGCACAAGGACAGCAUAUUGGAAAAAUUCUUAUAAAAGUUAGAGAUGUUACGGACGAUACCAGUAUUCAUACUCUUUUAGCAUUACCCAAGUCUUAUUGUCAUCCGACAAAAUCCUACAUCAUAACAGGAGGUCUAGGUGGCAUGGGUUUAGAAAUUGGUCAUUGGCUCAUCAACAAAGGUGCUAAGAAUCUUGUCCUUACAUCAAGGUCAGGAAUCAAGACAGGAUAUCAAACCAGAAUGAUACAGAACUGGACACGUAAAGGCAUCCAAGUUUUGAUAUCUUCUCAAGAUAUAUCAAAUGUGGAAGCAACAACAAGACUAAUUGCAGAAGCUGAAGAGUUAGGACCAGUUGGAGGGGUAUUUCACCUUGCUGUUGUUUUAAAAGAUCAGUUGUUCGAGAACAUGUCAAAGGAUGCUUUUGAUGAUGUGUGCAGGCCCAAAGUGAUUGGCACACUUAAUUUAGAUAAGAUAACAAGAAAGUCGUGUAAGGACUGUUUGGAUUGGUUUGUUGUCUUCUCGUCUAUUGCAAGUGGGAGGGGCAAUGCUGGACAGACAAAUUACGGAUAUGCAAAUUCUGUAAUGGAAAGAAUAUGCGAAGACAGGAAAGAAAAUGGGUUCCCUGCAUUAGCUAUACAGUGGGGUUUGGUUGGGGAUGUUGGUAUAUUCUUGGAAAACAAGGGAACCAAUGAGUCUGUAGUUGGUGGAACAUUACCUCAAAGGAUGAAAUCGUGUUUGAAUGUCUUAGAUCAGUUCAUGAACCUGGAUUGCCCAGUUGUAUCAAGCUAUGUGAUAUCAGAGAAGCGACAAAAAACAAGUUCUGGUGGGGUCUCGAAAACAAGUGUAUUAGAAGCAGUAUGCCAUAUUUUAGGUAUCAAGGAUCCAUCAGUGAUUAAACCAGAAACCAAUUUAGUAGCUUUGGGAUUUGAUUCCUUAAUGGAUGUGGAAGUCCAACAGACACUUGAAAGAGAUUUUGAAAUCGCUUUAUCAAUGAAAGAAAUACGACAUCUCACCUUUGCAAAACUGAAGACAAUGUCAUCAAAUAAAAGGAGCAUCGCAAACUAAUAAACAAAUAAACAGUGUUUAAAUACAAAAAUUGAGUUAUGCACUAUUAUAUGUAGACACUGUUUAUGUUUGUUUCAAAACUAACUGUAUUUACAAUUAUAUCUAGACAGUGUUUUUGUUUGUUGCAAAUGUUGUUUUAUUUACAAUUAUGCAUAUUACGACAAUGUGAUUUGUUUGUUUUGAAACGUUGUUUACAAUUAUAUAUAGACAAUGUUUUUGUUUGUUUCAAAACUUGUUUUAUCUAAAAUUAUAUUAAAGCGGCGUUUUGUUUGUUUCAAAAACUUGUUUUAUUUACAAUUAUCUCAAUACAGUGUUUUGUUUGUUUCAAACACAUUAUAUUUAAAAUAAUAUUUGUUAUUAUUGUUACAAACUUGAUUUAUUCACUAUUA